CGAAUCUGUCAGAUGCGUGGCGAACGUUGAAUUUAACGGUCGGUUUGGCAGUGAAAGUGGAAAGAAAGCGGUGCACCGCAUUGGGCCAACGAAUCGUUUUGUGCGCAAAAUAAAAAAAAAACAUAAAAAAGAAGAAAAUUAAUACAAAAAAAAAUAAAAGUGAAAUAAACAUAAAGGAAAAACAACAACAAAAAAUUUCAAGGAAUAUAAAUACCAAGCAAGCAGUGUGCAAGCAGUGACACUCCAAUUAACUAAACAUAGUCCCCAGCUAAACUAUAGGCAUACACUAAGUUCGAGUUGGAUUCCUUGGAGUCUUCACAAUUUCUGCUUGCAACUUCCGGCAACAGCAGCUGGACCCAGCGUACCAUCCAGCCCAGCAAAUUUAAGAGAGUGCGAACUGAAGGAAAUUACCAAAGCCAAAUGCAUUUCGUCUAAAUAAAUCGCAAAAAUAAAAAAGAAAAGAAAAUAAACCAGACCGACAAUUAAAAGGCGGAAAUCUAAAUGAAUAAACAAUCGAUUGAUUGUCGGCAAAAUGUGCAAAUUCGUGGAGUGCAAAUCAAAAGCAAACUCGAGUGAAAGUGAAAAAUUGAGGCCUCAAGAAAUUAUUAAUUACCGCAGUGCUUGUUAGCGGAAUUCACCCACAGAGGCAGACAUUUUGUUUAUGAGCCAAUUUGCCAGCCCCACCCAGGCCACAUCAGGCUGAAGCGCGGAGAGACAUCUACAAUUUGCAUAUUCCACAGCCCAGUCGGACCCCAACCUACCCCAUAUACUCGUAAAUACAUAGCACAGCACAGAAGAGAACAGAACAGAACAGACAGCGCGGCGUGUGAAGUUGAAGUGUUUAUUAAAUAGUCUGCCCGCAAAUGUCGGGCGUCUUCUGAGCGAAAGACAGCGCCUGCCCCCAGCCCACGAAGUACUCCCCAGCAUGUUGGAGUUGCAACUGCGCAAAGAUUUGUCAGCGAACUCCAGCGAUAUCCACAAAAUGAGACACCCAAAGGCAUUGGAUACGGGCCACAGACAGCACCGCCGGAGACGCGAGCCCGACUACAGAGCCUUCCAGACGAGUCUCUGCCUUGUGCUGCUCGCCGUUUUCCUGCUGAGCAAUGAGCUCGUGGAGUGCGCGCUGCGCAAUGUCAAUUUAAUCAUUGAACCGCCGGCGGUGCGACGGGGCCAGCAUGUGGUGCUACGCUGCAUGUACGACCUGGAUGGGGCCCCGCUCUAUUCGGCGAAAUUCUAUCGCGGUCAAUUGGAGUUUUACCGCUAUACGCCCGGUGAAUUUCCCAAUACGAAAGUGUUUCCAUUUCCUGGCAUUCAUGUCGAUGUGACCAGCUCGAAUGCCACCCAGGUGCUCAUACGCAAUGUUGGAUUCGGCCUCUCUGGAAACUUUUCAUGCGAAGUCACCGCCGAUGCCCCACUUUUUUCGACAGCCACAGCAGUGGACACCAUGCAAGUUGUCGAGCUGCCCGAGAAGCGUCCCCAGCUGUCCACGGAGCACACGCGCUACGAGCCCGGCGACGUUCUGCGAGCAAACUGCAGCACUCCGCCCUCACGGCCGCGGGCCGAGCUCACGUUCACAAUCAACAACAUGGUGAUAACCAAUGUGGAAACCCAGUACAUACGAACCAUCGACAAUCUGAUUGCCUCCCGCAUCUCGGUGAAGCUGCAGCUGCAGGGCGUGCACUUCUCCAGCAUCAAUCCGGCCAUCUACAAUGGCGUGUACGGCCUGAACUCUGUCUACGGCCACGGAGGGCCCGUCUACGCACCCAAUCCCAAUCCGGGCGGACUGCUGCUGCGCUGCUCGGCACAAAUCGGCGACCUGUAUCAGGAGUACAAGGAAAUUGAAUUGGGCACUCCGCAAAAGGAUCCGAUACCGGCACGAGUUACGCUCUCAUCCGACUCGAGCCUGACGAACUUUUUUAGUUCGUAUUUCUCGACAUCGUCCGCCUCGCCUCGACCCAGCCCCAGCGUCUGCGUGGCGCCCCUCGUAAUGGGCGCCCUGGCAGCUCUGAUUAUUAGCUCCCUGAUGGGCCAUGGGCUAAUUGUGGGUGCCCAGCACCCGGCUGCAGACACCCGCAAAGAAGCUGCAACGGCACCAGCAGCCACCGCAUUGAUGACACAUUCCAAGGAGCAGCCGCGUCCCCUUCUGUCCAGCUGCAGCGCCUCCAAGGCGCCCAAGCAGCCACUGGCCGGGCCAGCAGUCAGGACGGUUGGCCAGGCCUAAGCGAGUCCCGUCUGCCCGGCAUGGACAUGGGCAUGUGUUACCGGCAAACCAGUUAGUUAAAUCCUUAAGUACGAGUAAUUCAACAUAUGUUUUAUGCAAGCCUGAGUUGCGUUUGGCGUUCGGUUCGAUGAUCUUCAUUUGAUGACUGCUUUUCAUUCUCAUUUCAUUGCCCCGCACUUUGAGAUGUGGUGUCUACUACCGAGCUAAAAGAGAACGAAACAAAACAAAACCAAAAAAAAAAAAAAACAAAUUAACGUUAAGCGAACAUUUAUAAACUAGCCUAGUCUUAAGCCCCAGCAGCAAGAUGCACCAGAGAAGAGUCUACAACCUAUAGAGGAACGAGCCGGGGGGCACUCCACUGGCACUCCUGGCCCGGCCCUGGCCGCACUCCUGGAAAUCCAAAUAUAAAUGUUUACACAAAACCCAUUGAAAAACCAAAGAAAACUCAAACAUAACUUAAAGCAAAAACCCCAAUGAAGAAUACAAAAAUAUACAGAGUACAUCAAAUUACUGAAUCUACUUUAAAUGUGAAAAAUACAACAGAAAUACAUGAGAU